AAGGCCAAGGUCGCUAUGCUUCUCGAGGCGUCCUAUAAGAAGGCGCAACUUGGAGAGGACGCGAACCCGGUGUGGUCACCGCAACUGUCGACCGCGGCGAGAGCCAUGUGUUCAAGCGUUUUGUCGCGCGGCCUCCUGCUGGCCUUCCUUGCAGGUCUAUGUCACUCGUCCGCCGUACCCGCGCCACCCUCCUGCAAGGUGCACGAAGGACUUCACUACCGCCAUUUCACGUGCCGCAACUUCCACUCUCUCGAAGACUUCCAGCAGAUCGUCCACGACACCCACUCCGACAAACCGACUUGGUUCACCUUGUGGGACAGUCAGGUUCCCAAGAUUCCUGGAGGCGCAUUCAAGGACCUCAACGUUUCGGUUUUGGAGCUCAGGCGCGUCAACGUCGAGCAUUUUGAGCCAACAGAGGGAGAGGAGAAUCCGUUCCAUGGCCUCGAGCAAUCCCUUCACCGGCUGAUGUUCAGCCUGGGGACCCUGCCGACUUCGUGGUCCAUCCUCGGUCACCUGCAGCAUUUGGAAGAGCUGAAGCUCAUCCAUUACAAGGACAUGCAUCUCAGCAAUGAUUUCAACAACCUUCCAAAGAGUGUCGAAACUCUUUACAUCGCCGAUGGUACCAUUAAGAAGAUCGACGACGACUGGCUGGCUCACUUGGAUGACCUGAAGCAUCUCGUUGUGCGCCAGACCGACUUGUACAACUUCACCAGGUCAUGGCUGCCUAAUCCGGCCCCUCACUUCACCACUCUAGACCUUCCGACAAACAAACUGAUCUCGUUCCCCGCCAAUCUGGACGACGGCCUGCCUGAGCUCAAGUAUGUGAGCGUCGAAAAGAACCUCAUCACCAGUCUGCACGAAGAUGACCUGGCUCCGCUCAAGGACAAGCCGGUGCUGGUGGACUUCAUGUUCAACCCUGUGCACUGCGACUGCAAGCUGGCUUUCAUCCUGGACUACCCGACCCGCUGGCACUACUUCCUGUGCGCCACGCCCGGAGAGGUGGCCGACCGCUACGUCACGCACCUUACCGAAGAACAGCUUCAGUGCUAGCACAAUACCGCUUGAGGGACUCCGCCAGCCUGUGAACAUUCACUUCGUUUGAAGUUCGUCGUUGUUGCCCAUCAUGUCACCUUUGGUGUUAUUUCUACAGGUUGCUAUUCGAAUAAAUGCUCACACGACCUAUGAA